GUAACCCGCUUGAUCAUUUCAAAAUUCAAAUUACCAAUCCUUUUUAGAUUUCGACCUCCCAAUUCUCACCAUUUUUAGGGUUUCCAGUUUCCUCUCUGCUAGAAAGCGAAUUACAGCAAAUCGCUCUCUCUAUCAUCAGAAUUCUGAACGAAAAUGGAUGGGCAUGACGGUGAUAAUACAAAACAAAGCACUGCUGAUAUGACUGUGUUUGUCCAGAAUCUUCUACAGCAAAUGCAAACCAGAUUCCAGACAAUGUCCGAAUCAAUCAUCUCAAAAAUUGACGAAAUGGGAAACCGAAUUGAUGAACUUGAACAGAGCAUCAACGAUUUGAGAGGUGAAAUGGGUCAAGAUGGUGCUCCAUCGCCUUCCGCAUCUUUGAAACCAAAGGAGGAAGCAAAGCCAGCAGAUGAUUCUAGUGCAUAAGCAAGCAAUGAUACUCCAAGUUGGCUUUGGAGUCAAUUGGCCAUGUUUGUUACAAUUGUUUUGGUUUGAAAAUCUUUUCACAUUUGUCCAUUAUGACAUUUGAUUAUAAUAUGAUACAUAAACUCUGUACAUGGAUUCUUGGGUUGAAAUAUUUUGACCUAUGCUUUUGGUCAUUGUUGAGGUUAUUAAAA